GUAAUAAUAUGAACACGUGUUCAUAUGGUCGUAAGUAUGUCAGUGUGUAUGUACGUGGCCCUCUACAUCCUCUACAUGACGAUCGACAAAAAAAACAUUUGUCUCUAAUCUCCAUGGUUAUAUUCUGUUGUUUACUUGUUAGUUUUUAUUAGAACUAUUUAUGUGUUCUCGGUUUUUAAAGGUUAUGUGACUAACAAUUAAAAAAAAAUUUUAUCAAUAUCCGUAUAUUAAUAACUUGUCUCAUUUUACAAGUUAUAAAUAAAAUUGUCGUCAUGAAUCCUUCUGAACCAACAUGUACUGAAGUUUUGAGUUCCAAAAUGAAGGAUGUUAUCGAUGUAUUAGCUAUGCAGCGGGAAAAAAGAAAUAUAUUACAAAAAAGUAUUACUAUUGAUUACACAAUAUCAAGUGAUAGCUUUGCGAUAUCACGAUUUAUAUUUGAAUGUGGUAUUAAGUUAGAUGCACAUCCACUAACUAUUGCUACUGCUUUAACAUUGUUUCAUCGGUUUAUGAGGGAAGUAACACCGCAAGCCUAUGACUUAUUCUUGAUUGCGGCAACAUGUUUGUACCUUGCUGGAAAAAUAAAAGAUGAUGCAUUAAAAAUACGGGAUGUCAUGAACGUUACAUCAAACACUCUUCACAGAGGAUCUCCACCUUUAGAACUUGGUGAUCAAUAUUGGAGUUUACGUGAUGCAAUAAUUCAAGCUGAACUCUUAAUUAUAAGAACAUUAAAAUUUCAAGUAGUAUUUACUCAUCCACACAAGUAUCUCCUUCAUUAUUUGCGGUCCUUUCAAGCAUGGUUUGGAGAAGAUGAAUGGUCCAAAUAUCCUGUGGCAAAAACAAGCUUAGCGUUAUUACAAGAUUUUCAUCAUUCACCUGCAGUUUUGGAUUAUCCCCCAAAUUGCAUUGCCUUAGCGUGUAUUAAUUUGACGCUACAAAUUUAUGGAGUAGUAGUACCGUUGAUGGAUGAAUGUGAUCAACUUCCGUGGUUUAAUGUAUUUUGCAAAGAUCUCACUAGAGAAAAACUAUGGGAAAUCAUGGAAAAAGUUAUGAUAACGUAUGAUCCUGAACCUGAAACUCAAGAUAACUGAUUUGUUAUUAUUGAUAACUGAGUUAUUAUCCACAAAAUAAUGUGCAUUCAGUUAAAAAAUGAUUUUACAAUAAACCGAAAAAUAUAACUUUAUUCGCUGAA